CGAGAGAACAACAAAUAUCAGUCAGGGUUAGAGACUAAACAUCAAAUCACAUUCAGUCCUCUGCCAAUGAAGAUCAAUUGUCUCCAUUCCAAGGCCAUUCAACAGUGUGGGUCUUUAUUAAAGACACCCUUUCUUUCUCCAGUCUUUCAGCACAGCUUCUCUUCAUCCCUCCCUUCAUUUGCUUCAGACAACCAUAAGAGUGAGAGGAGAGGAGUGGGCUGGCUGUGACUGAGAGAUAUUCUACACCAUCCUAAAGUUUCUCUAAGACUGUCCUCAGAGAAACAUUAAUAUCUCGCUGGGCUUAUUGAUUCAUUCCUUGUAAAGACAUAAUUAGGAUAUUCUGAUUUUGUCACAGUCUGCGGUUUUGAGUGUGGAUAUCAUCGACAUAUGGAACAUGCCAUCUCUGAAUACUCAGUUAAGGCGGUCCACUCACAACUCUUCUUUUCUAAUCUGGAUUUCCUGAUAACCUGGGCGCAGUAGUUGCUCUAAAACACGCUGAAGUCCUCUCUACAUCUUGGGACUCUUGCUAUCCACGAGAAAUGGACACCUCUGGCUCUACUUCCCUUUCCUCUUCCCCUUCACCUUCAUACACCUUUCCCGUUCUCAAUAACCUCUCCCUUCCCUCGUCCUCUCCCUCUCUCUCCCCAUCCCCAAGUGUAGCCUCCACAGCUCUCUUCUGCUUUUUUCUAUCCCUCCUUUCUCUGCUGGGCAUUCUGGGCAACCUAUACACCCUAGGGCUUCUCAUUCGCCGUCGUAGGAUGUCAAAAAGGCGGCGUAGCGUUCCUACCUGUUGUUACUCCUGCCUCGGCACCUCUUCCCCUUCUUUCUCUCCCUCCUCCUCUCCCACCUCGUCCUCCUCCUCUUCCUCUCUUCACCUGCAGGUUCUGAGUCUGGCUUUGGCAGACCUGGUGUACCUCUCUACCGCCCCCUUCAUUGUGUACGACAGCCUGGCAUCUGACUGGGCCUUCGGUGAACUAGGCUGCCGGCUCCUCCUCAGCCUGGACUUGCUCACCAUGCACGCGAGCAUCUUCACCCUCACUGCGAUGAGUCUGGAUCGAUAUCGAGCUGUGGCUGAUCCACUGGCAGCCUCGUCCACACCUUCCUCUGGACUCCUGAGAGUCGCUUUGGCCUGGGGUUUUGCCGUGGCUCUCAGUUUGCCCAUGAUGAUCACUUUGCACCUAGAAGAUGGAGAGAACCAGGAAAGCAAGUUGUGCGUUCCCGCCUGGGAUGAACAGAGCUCAAAAGCCUACCUCAGUGUACUCUUCUGCACAAGCAUCCUAGGCCCAGGACUGGCCAUCGGAGCUUUGUACGCAGCUUUAGGGAGACUCUACUGGGUAUCUCAAACGCAACCUGCUUGGGCCGGAGGGGGCAACACCUACCCGCCCCGUGCACCUCGCCCCAAAGUCCUGCUCCUCAUACUGUGGAUCGUGCUGACAUUCUGGGCUUGUUUCCUUCCAUUCUGGAUCUGGCAGCUUCUACCACUGUACCGACCUGAGGUUCUGCGCAUGGUGCCGGUGGGCACGCAGGUGACCAUUAAUCGCAUCCUCACAGGGUUGACUUAUGGAAACUCAUGUGUGAAUCCUUUCUUCUACACACUGCUGACAGGAAGGCGCAGGCGGACCAGCAAGAAGAAGAUAAGUGCAGCUGCAUCACUUUGCCACAAGGGCAGCUCUGAACAACGAUAACAGUAACAGCUGCCCACCAGUCAGUACUGCCCAUGACCAAUAAGACUGUGCAUAGUUAUCUUUAUUAAACAGAUUACUAAUUUGGUGCUAAGGGGCUUAACGAUUAUAGAUUUUUACAUGUGCUGUGCAAAUAGUAAUACUCUGUAAGCCAAGGCAUUGGUGGUGUGUAUUUCUUCUCCAUGGACUACAUAUAUAAUUAUAGAUAAUCUGAUAAGCAUUGUGUAUUAAGGUCCUGCAAUCCUAAAUGAAAUACUAAGUGAUGAAUAUUUAUGAAAGUGCUUUUGAAAAAUAGGAUUCAUCACCUUUGAAAUGGAGACCCAAACAUUCUGGUUGAACUGCAGCUGAAUAUUAGGGGACUAAAAGAUGUGAAAUAUCUGUUUUAUGGGGCAACUUGAAAGGGAAAAAAAAGCUUUGUCAGGAUGAAUCCCCCAAGGAUAGUCUAACAACAGGUGAGAAGCAUUUAACUCCCAAAUUGGUUUAUUAGUCUAAGUGCAAAGGAGAAAUUACAAAGUAUAGAUUUGGCUCAAAGCUCAAGGACGUGUCAGAGUUUGCUCUUUUGAGGAAAAUAAAUCACUUCUGUCAUGAAGCCAAGACACACAAUCUUUCAUUUUCAAAUAGGACAUUAUGUUCUCCAUUCAUUAUAUGCAACUAUAACAUUUUUUUAAAUGUUAAAGUCUUGACUUUGUGUUUUUAUUGGCACCUUUUAUGAAUAA